AUGAGACUUCCAUCGACUCUUGUCGGCCUCGCUGGCCUCGCCGUCCCCGUAUUCGCCGACGGAAAUACAACACAGCUCGGCCUCAUCCGCAAGGCCACCGACCCGCAGGUUCCGCCGGCGUAUCCGAUCGGCUUGUCCAAAGAACCAUUUGCCAAACCAGCUGGCCAGCUGUUUGACAUCAAUGGAACAGUUGGCUAUUUUGCAGGCACGAAUGCGUGGUGGCUUGGCCAUCUCACUAAAAAUGAAGAUGUCGAUACGGCCAUGCAACAAAUUGCCGAUACGAAAUACAAAAUCGUUCGCGUCUGGGGAUUCGGCGACAUCAACGCCGGCUUCCGUCCAUCGACAGACACGGCCGAUCCGCUCCGUGUCUGGUUCCAGCAGCACCCUGCGUCCAACGACACGGAGGCCAACCAGGCCGCGCUGAUCAACUACUCGCCCCAAGACGGCCUGCCGCGCCUGGACUAUGUCGUGUCCACCGCCGAGCGUCUCGGCCUGAAGCUUGUGCUCCCUUUUGUCAACAACUGGGCCGACCUCGGCGGUAUUGCGACCUAUGCGGCUGCCUACGGCGGGUCGAAUGCGUCCGUGUCCUUCAACUUCUUUGAAAACGACCGUGCCCAGCGCGCCUACCGCGACUACAUUCGUGUCCUCGUCGAGCGCUACCGGUCGUCCCCGGCCAUCUUCGCAUGGCAGCUCUGCAACGAGCCGCGCUGCGAGGGAUGCGACCCGGCCGUCAUCUACCGCUGGGCCGCCAACGUCUCCGCCUACAUCAAGCAGCCCGGCAUGGACCCCCACCACAUGGUCUCGCUCGGCGACGAAGGCUGGUUCGCCCCGGACGCCGGGUACCGCGAGGCCAGCGGCGCCUCCUCGCUCGCCUACGAGUCGCACGGCGGCGUCGACUUCUGGGGCAACCUCAACAUCUCGACGCUCGACUACGGCACCUUCCACCUCUACCCGAGCACCUGGGGCUAUGCCUACUCGUGGGGCGACCGUUGGAUCGAGCAGCAUGCCGACGCCGGGAACCGGGCCAAGAAACCGGUCGUGCUCGAGGAGUACGGGUCACCGCAGCGGGACGACCAUGCAACCGUCCUCAUUCCGUGGCAGCACGUGGUGCUCAACACGAGCAUUGCUGCGGACCAGGUGUGGCAGUUUGGCCCGGCCAAUCUGUCGUUUGAUGCGACAAAAUUCGGCGACGAGUUCAGCGUGUAUGCAGACAAGGCAGAUUUUGCGAAUGUGAGCCAAAAGCAUGCUCAGGCCAUGUUGGACAAGGUUGUUGUUUUGUAG